GAUAAAUAGUCGCAUCUUACUGAAACCCCACAAUGAGCAUCUUCAAUCCGCACAAAGCACUGCCGGAGAACAUGUUGAAAUAUCGGCUAAAACUGCUGGAAAACAAUGGGUACCACCUCUACUAUCCUUAUGGCAGGAGCCUCUCAGAUGCGUCGGAACACAUAUCCGGAACGCUUAGGGAGCCCUUGUACGAUGGAUGGACGUUCAGGGUGUUUUUAUACGCCGAGAGAAUGUCGCACGAGACGGAACUUAAGCUAGGAUGGGAUAGCGUAAACCCCGAUAAAUGGCACAUUAGAAUAUGGAUAAGCAAGCAAGGCAUGGUAACCACCAACGGCAAUGACAGCACCGGCGCGUUCACGGCUCCUUUGGGGGUGCCGGCCGUUCGAGAGGGGGACUACUACACGCUGGGCAUUCGGCACGAGUUGCCCGAAUCUUUCAGGGUACUUUUCAAUGCGGAACGUGGAAGCAAAAACGCUGACAAGAAACGUAAUAUGGGAAGUGUAAAGGAAGUGGACAAAUGGCACUUCAAAAUAUCCCCUGGGGCCCACAAGCUGUUAGCCGUUGACGUUAGCGAUGAAAUGGCGAAAUUUCCGAAAGAUGGCCUGAAUCAAAAAUACUAUCAUGAUGGCUUUCCAAUGGACGUCGGAUCUUUCGGCAUCUUUGAAAUGACGUACACAGGGACCGACGGAAUGCUACAGGUCGCCUUCAGCCAGCCGAGCGGUAACGAUAGGUUUACGACUUUCAAGAAAACUUUCUUGAAAGUGGGCGAAACUUUCUUAGUGUACAUCCGCGUCACGCCGACGGGCUGGCUGGUGCAGGCGAGUUUCCAGGAUCAGGCGGCGCUUGUGCUGCGCCCGAAGGACGACAGAAACGUCGCGCCCAAGUUCUCUAGCGCCAACAUAAUGCGAAUGUACCUGGAGCCUGCCCCGUUAAUAUAA